CCUCACAAGUGAAGCAGUAUUUGAUCGGUGGCAAGGGACGUGCCUACAAGACAGUUCUGCUUGUGAUUGUUUUCCUCUUCAGUUCAGCAAAGAGCAACAGCAGGGGAGUGCAGAAGUAGCACUCUUGUCUCAAAGCAAAAAGGAACUUGCGGAAACAAAAGGACGGAGAUUGAUACACCUGUAAGAUAAAAGCCAACGAAAAGAAAUUGAAGAUCACAUCCUUCAUCUCUCAAGCACAAUGUCUCGCCCUGCACACAGAAGACCAGAAUACCAUAAAAUAAACAAAGAUCUCUUUGUCCUCACCUAUGGAGCUCUGGUUGCCCAACUCUGUAAAGAUUAUGAAAAAGAUGAAGAUGUGAAUAAAUAUUUAGAUAAAAUACCACACUCUUUCCUUGACCACAGGGGAUAUGGCAUUGGAACACGGCUGGUGGAAGAUUUUUUGGCUCGAUCUUGUGUAAGAAGAUGCCACAGUUACUCAGAAAUUACAGACAUAAUUGCCCAGGUUGCCUUUAAGAUGUACCUGGGAAUUACACCAAGUGUGACCUGUAACAAUCCAAGCAGAACUGAAUUUUCCCUGAUCUUAGACAAGAAUCCUCUGGUGGAGUUUGUGGAAGAGCUCCCUGCCGGGCGAUCGUCUCUGUGCUACUGCAAUUUACUCUGUGGGAUUAUCAGAGGUGCCCUGGAAAUGGUUCAUUUGGCUGCUGAUGUUACAUUCUUGCAAGACACACUGAAAGGCGACCGUGUGACAGAAAUAGGAAUAACAUUUCUGAAAAAGCUAGAUGAGAAAAAAUACAGACGGAAAAAAUGAAGAAUUGCAUGCAAAACGCCACAGGGUGGCCAUUUGAGGAGUUAAUAUUAUCUAAACAUAUAUAGCCAUAGAAAUUUUGAAUUGUUUAAUAAUAGCAUGGGAUUUAAAAGGCUUCUAUA